UUAGACUCCACAAAUACGAUUAAAUCGGCGGGAAACUAAAUGCUCUAGAACAUACACAUCUACAUACAUAUAUAUAUACUCGUAGUAUUGUAGUUCGUAGGCGAAAGUGCAAAACAGAAACUGUAAAAAAUAACAAUAAUAAUCAGGAAGGGGAAGCUUAAUAAAACGUUUAAGAGCAACGCAACGAACACUAUUUACAUAAAACAACUGCUGAUCUGUAUAUAGGAACUAACAUGAUGUCUAAAACACUAUUGGCAAAUACCACCCGUCUAGCAUGUCGUCCAUCCCAAUCACAGCACCUGCGUACCACAAGGACAUUGCACUCCAAAGCAGCACCGGUAGCUAUGCCGGUGCUUCAAAAUGAAAUGCCGGAAUGCAAUUACCAGCCACCUCCAUAUAAUGGUCCCAGCUACGAACAAAUACUUAGCACUAGGAAGUCUCAUUUGACGCCCAAUCUGGUGGCGCAUUUCAAGAAGCCGCUCGUUAUACAUGCCGGCCACAUGCAAUGGCUCUACGAUCAUGAGGGGCGGCGCUAUCUGGACAUGUUUGGCGGUAUUGUCACUGUCUCUGUGGGUCAUUGUCAUCCCAAAGUAAAUCGGGCAUUGAAUGAACAAAUCGAAACCCUAUGGCAUACCACCAACAUCUAUAUGCAUCCGAAGAUACACGAAUAUGCCGAGCGAUUGGUGGCCAAGUUUCCCGGUAAUCUGAAGUCCGUUUGCUUUGUUAAUUCCGGUUCGGAGGCGAACGAUCUGGCCAUGUUAAUGGCACGCCUCCACACAGGCAAUCAGGACAUUAUCACCUUCCGGAACGCCUAUCACGGCAUGUCGCCCUAUACCAUGGGUCUGACCGCCCAGUCCACAUGGCGCUAUCCACUGCCGGGCAUUAGCAAUGGCAUCGUGCACGUCAUGAAUCCAGAUCCGUAUCAGGGCAUUUGGGGUGGAGAUGCUUGUCGGGACUCGCCGGUGCAGACGAGCCGCAGUUGCCAGUGUCAGGAUUCGUGCCAGGCGGGCGUCGAGUACUACAACGAACUGGAGCAGACCUUUAAGUAUUCACUGCCUCGGGGUCGGGUGGCCGCUAUGUUUGCCGAAUCGAUUCAGGGUGUGGGCGGCACCGUCCAGUACCCGAAAGGAUAUCUGAAGCGUGCCGCUGAACUUGUGCGCGCCAAUGGCGGCGUCUUUGUGGCUGAUGAGGUGCAGACGGGCUUUGGCCGGACCGGUAAUCAUUUCUGGGGCUUUGAGGGACACGACUAUGUGCCCGAUAUCGUGACUAUGGCCAAGGGCAUUGGAAAUGGCUUCCCAUUGGCCGCUGUAGUAACCACGCCCGAAAUUGCCGCCACGCUGGGCAUGGCACUUCAUUUUAAUACGUACGGUGGCAAUCCCAUGGCUAGUGCCGUGGGCUUGGCUGUGCUGGACGUUAUCGAGGAGGAGCAGCUGCAGCGGAACUCGCUCGAUGUGGGCACCUAUUUCCUCAAGUGUUUGGCCGAAUUGCAGCAGCGUUUCGAGCUUGUUGGCGAUGUGCGCGGCAAGGGGCUGAUGGUGGGUGUGGAAUUGGUCAGUGAUCGACUGACAAAGGCACCGCUGGCUGUGCCACAUGUGCUGGACAUUUGGGAGACUUGCAAGGAUAUGGGCGUGCUCUUCGGACGUGGUGGCCUGCAUGGCAAUGUGCUGCGCAUCAAACCGCCCAUGUGCAUUACUAAAUCGGAUGCUAAGUUUGCCGUCGAUGUGCUCGAGUCCGCCAUAACGAAAACAUUCGCCAAACAAAACUGAAAAACUGAACACUGAAAACCGAAAACUAACUGCAUACUCGCAUACAUAAAUAUACUCGUACAUACAUAUGUAUCUGUAGUAUACGAUUUGGAGCGAAAUCUAUCGGACUGAUCAGCAUGUGCUGCUUACACUGAUUGUCACAAACAAUCUUACUCAAGAUUCUUUGAAACUGAUAAUGCAUUUAUAGGAGCUAAGUUCCUGCUAAAUCACUGCUAUGCCUUGUUCAGCUCAUCAAAUAGUUUUAUGAAUUAAAAUUGAUUAAACUUUACGCAUAUACAUAUAUAAACAAUAUAUAUAAUUAGUUUAUAAUGUUAUGUGGUAUGAACAAGGCAUUAUUUUAUAGAUAGCUACAUUUUUACAAAGCCCAUCACAUGGUGUUCUAGCACGCAGUUUAUAUUUAUUUCAACUCGAUUUUUGAAGUUGAUAAGUUUUCUAAAAAUAUUACAUGUUUUCCUCUUUAAAAAAUGUUGCCAAUCCAUUUAAUUAAAGUAGGUUUACUUAAAACGAAACCAAGCUUCACUUUUAUUGCAAAUUUAUAGAGAAUAAUUUGAAAUAAAAAUCAACUUUUGUAUAAAUUUGUGCGCAAACUUUUUGCCUGUCUGAGAAGAGAUAGCAUAAGUCGUUGAAAACCAGAUUAUAAUUGCAUUUAUAUUAUAGUAAUGUAUACAUCAUUUAAAUAAUAAAAGUAGCUGAUAAAAAUGUUAUAAAAUCGGUAUACAUUUUUUAGUGGCACAUUUCCUCUAUACAAAAUAUACUUAUGUAUAUCCUAACAACUUUUGGGCACCUUAUUCAUGAUCAUGCGUAACAUUUUUAAAUUCAAGUAUGUAUGCAUCGAAUAAAAUCGAAUUCAAAUAUAAAUAAUAUACACACCUUGAAUGUUUAAAGAAUAUAAUGAUAAAUAAUCCCAUCCCCAUUUAGGUGUUUAGCUUCCGGCCCCCCAUGUGCAUAGGCUAUGAGGAUGUGGACUUUACUUUAAACACAUUGGAAACAGUUUUUGACCAGCACAUGAAGAAAAGACCACGUAGCUGGAGAGCAAAUGGCCUUUAAAACAUCGAAUUCUU